GUUUAACGUGCAGCUCCCCCUUCUUCAGUGCUAUGUGUUUUGUGGGUGUAUAUAUUUUGUGGUUAUGUGUAUAUUAUUUGGAUUAUUUGUGUUUUGUGGUUGUCUCUUUUUCCUCUUUCGUCUCAUUUUGUUUUUUCUAAUAUGUAAAUUAUAAAGUUUUCAGGAAAUUCUCGCAAUGAAUUGAGUAAUAAUUUUUCUGUCGUCCAGUUAUUUGAAGGUUGGGAAAAUUUUUCCGUUUACCUGCCCUGUAUCAUCUCCUUAUCUAUAAACUUUCCUUAACGAGAAUAUCUAGUGGACCAUUGUUCACAUAAUCAGUUCCCGUAUUUUAGUGUUUGUAGGCGUACAAUCCCACAAUCAUGGAUAUGGAAAGCGUAAGUCAGAUUUAGGUUAUACAAGCAGGUGAUCCCCCCCGUGGAAUGGAUAUCUGUCGACAUAUUUCUUGUAUUCCUGCCACCCUCAAAACUUAAUAAUGAUUUUGUUUUUGCCUUCUCAUUAUAUUAUUUUAUAAUGAAUAAUGCAAAGUAAUCAUAUUCUUGCUGUAUAGAUGUCAUGCUUGCCCAUUUGUUCUACCAUGACCAUAUCAGUGAUUUUGUAUUCCCACCACUCUUAAUCAUGUGGUUAGAUUUCACCCUAUAUUUGAGAAUACACAUUAUUUUUUGCUACACUAAUCAGUAUAAUCCAAAACUUACCAAAAUAUCCAGUUUAGAACAAAAACAAUAACUAUAGAACUGUUUAUCAAACUUAUUGCAGUGGAAUCACUUCAGGAAUUGUGCAGUAUUGCCAAGUCUGCUCAGUUGAUGCUGAGUUUGAUCCAAAUGAUGAUCCAUCUCAUAAUGCUUCAACAAAACAUCGUUUUAAUUUCAUGUUAUGGGAGUAUGCAAAUUAUAGGAAAGCUUUGGUAAGAAACCGCCACGGUGUUGAAUUAACUGUCAAGGUCCAACAGAUAAAUGGUCAUAUUUAUGAUUAUACUAGUGAUGACAAGAAGGGCAAACAUACUUUAAAGAUAACACCAGAGGCCUUAGCAUCUCAUAAUGAUGAGAUAGAAUUCAAAUGUACUAUAAAAAAUAGUCGUAAAUCAUUGAACAUAUUGAUUCAUCCCAGGGAGGUGUUACUGAUCAAUUAUGAUUAUUUCCAAUGGCAUGAUCCCCAAAACAAUUUGGACAAUGAUAAAUAUGUUGAGCUGGCACCAGGAAGUGAAUACAGUGUGAUCAUAAAAUAUUAUGAUGCAAAUUGCAAUACCUUGGGCAUCAAAUUACCACUGUCCUUCACAUUCCAAACUGUUGAGGAAAAUCCACAUCGUUUCAGUAUUGUUCGAUCAAUAAAUAUAUCAGUAGGAGUACCAGAUGAAAAUGCUGAUGAUGAAACAGGACCUAGCCCAUUCAAAGGAAAACCCUGGCCACCAGGAAUAAAAGUUAUGCCUCCUGUUCCAUAUAAGGCAUUUCCAUACACCCACAGCAUUCCAAAGAAAUACUGGAAAGUUUUGCUUUAUGGGAUUGAUAACUGGCAUGGUAUGGGACAAGGAAAUGGCAAUGACUUCGAAAUUGUCAAGGAAAUAAAGGAAGCUUUUGAACCAGGUUAUGUAACUGCGAAAAAUUAUAAAAAAUACUGGCAUAUAGUUCUCUGGAUGGAAGAAAUAGCGCAGACUAUAAGUUUGCAACAGUACAAUAUGGAAAAUGUUACAUUACGACGAUUGGGAAACAUAUUUAUAUUAGAGGUACCAGGUCUGGCAGAAAAGAGACCAUCUGUGAUUAAAGGUGAUUUUAUUGACAUCAAAGUAUGUGGUGAUGAUCACACAGGAUAUAGAGGGGAAAUAGUUAAAGUUGAAGAUAAGGAUGUCUGGAUUGGUAGCAUUGAUGACGAGCUCACUUACUACUGGUCAGUCAAUCCAAAGAUAGAAGUAAGCGUACGCUUCGUCUUAGGCCGACUGUCAUAUGAAAGAAUGCACCAAGGUGUUGAUCAAGUUGUAGCUAAUGGUAUGGUGCCAUUACUGUUCCCCGAGGAAGAACUAAGUGAGCGACCUGUGUAUGAACAUCGACUCCUUAAUGAUUCAGAAUUCUGCAAUCGAGCUAUUUUGACAAAUCCAGAACAAAAGAUAGCAGUUUCUAAAAUAUUGAACAACACUGCUAAACCGGUGCCAUACAUUGUGUUUGGUCCACCAGGUACAGGGAAGACUGUUACUUUAGUAGAAGCUAUUCUUCAGAUCAAGCGCAAAACCCAGAAGAAAAUUUUAGUUUGUGCGCCAGCAAACGCUGCAUGUGACGUGGUGGCUGAAAAAUUGAUGAAAUAUUGCAAAAAGAACGAGAUGAUCAGAUUAAUGUCUAGAACCGUUGAUAUGAGCAACAUUCCUCCUAUGCUCCUCGACUAUUCAAACUACGAUAAAGGACAUGGGCGCUUCGAAAAGCUGCCCGCGGAGGAACUUCACAAGUACCGCAUUGUUGUGACGACAUUGAUUUACGUUGGCCAGUAUUCACGUAAGCUUCAUCCUGACGUCAUAUUCAUUGACGAGGCGGCGCAGGCGCCGGAGCCUGAAGUUUGUUCAGCCAUCGGAAUUGGCGAUAAAGAUACGCAGGUUGUACUUGCAGGUGAUCCGAAACAACUCGGUCCCUCCGUGUUUUCUAAGGAAGCUAAACGAUAUCAUUUAGAUUUUUCACUUUUGGAGAGGCUCAUGGAUCGAGAAUUGUAUAAAUCUGGAGAUGAUAACUAUAUUACUAUGCUGAAAAAGAAUUUCAGAUCUCAUGAAACUAUAUUGAGGCUUCCAAAUGAAAUGUUUUAUAGUAACCAGUUGGAGGCACUAUCAGCUGAUGCGAGAGAUGAUCCUCUUACACGUGUAAACGUUUUCGAUGCGAUCCCCAAUGUUCAAAAGAAGAAAAAUAAGAAGAAUCAAAUUGGUUCAGCUUUAGAAUACUUUUCUAUGAUAUCGAAGGAAAAGAGGCAAGGCAAAUCUCCCAGUUAUUUCAAUCCCAAAGAAUCACAGAUGGUCUUUAAUUGUGUGCAAGCCCUUCUAAAGAUGUCUUUCCGAGACAGCAGCAAAAAUGUGAAACAAGAAGAAAUUGGAGUUGUAACUCCCUAUGUUAGACAGGUUCACACUAUAAGACAAUACCUUAGGAACAGAAAUAUUGAGCAUGUUGAAGUGGGAACCACUGAAACGUUCCAAGGGCGAGAGAAGAGAAUCAUUAUAAUCAGUACAGUACGAGCUCAGAAGGAUUUAUUGUUGUAUGAUAGGAAAUAUCGUCUAGGGUUCGUCAGGCAGGAAAAGCGAUUCAAUGUAGCUUUGACAAGAGCCAAAGCAAAAUUGAUUGUCAUCGGCUGUCCUCACGUACUGUGUACUGACCGAAAAUGGAGGCGUUACAUCGAGUUCAGUGAGGAACUUUGUAGCUUUUAUGGUGCACCUUACGAUAAAAUCAAAAGGACGGAUGAGAAUAUUGAUGACAUAACGCGUAGGAUUGGCAACAUACAGGCAACAGAUACACAAUUUGAACACCAGCAAUAAAUGCACAUAUCAGAACAUGUAUUUCCAACAAUAUUUUUGAGGUGAUUGACAUAUUUUUCCAAAAAGGCCCAUGGGAAGAAUUAACAGUUCUUGCAUAGUUUUAGUACCACUGAAGAUCAAAUUAAGCAAUGCAUGACAUGUAUUGGUGCAUCUAGAUAAAAAAACCUUCUAAGCAACUUGUAGUCUGUGACCCCAUGUUCAACUGAUUGUCCAUCCAUUUGUCAAAAGAUGCAAUUUAAAUAAAAAUGAUUAAACUUGCGUGGCAAGGUUUGCCACUUUUGUUCAAAAAAAAUGUGAAAUCAUUGGUAAAGUAUUGAUAUUCCGUCGAAUCAAAAUUUGUAUAAAUACCUCAAUAUGGCAGUAGAAGAGUUUGUCGAGAGGUGUGUGCUCAUCCUGACACCCCAUUUCGGUGCACUGAAUUUUCAUCCGUUAAGAAUCGAUGGACAUUUAGUAGUACAUGGAGUCGGAUUGUUGCUUAUGCUGGUGUUUAACCGUACAAUAAGUCGUCCUCAAAAGUACCGGGCAUUUCGACAACUGUUAAUUCAAGGAACUGAACUGAACAUUGUUUUCUUCAUGUUUAUAUUUUAAGCGUCUGCUGUGAUUGUAGUUGUAAGGUUCAUGAUUCUUUUGUUGGAGGUAUUUUGACUUUUAGUAACCCGAUAAUUUAACCUAGAGACAAGCUCCAAUACAAGGUCUCAAAUCUUAUAAUGUGACGCCAAGUGGAAGAGAGUUACGGAAAAAUACAGGUACAUGUCAAAAUAAGUAAAAAAUCUUUGAAAUAGUUUAAAAAUUUAGCAUUGCGCUGUUUGACUUGAUGUGAAAAUAUAUAUUUUCCAGAAUGCGUGUGAUUGUUAUAAGUACUGAUUCAAUAUGGCUUCGGUCUGAUUUGUUUAAAAAGUACACAUGGAUAUUAUUAGAAUUUUAAAGUAAGUACCAAUUUAAACUUUUCUACGGAACUAUUUCUGUGCGACCUUCUGUUGACCUAUUUUAUUUUUGUGGAUACCCAAUGAAGUUUUUUAAAGUAUUUGUAAACAUCCCGUCAUCGUCAAAAAUGUAGGAAAUAAUCAGUUCUGUUCGAAUAACGAAGACUGAAAAAACUUGUCAGAACAUAUGUAAAAGUUUACAUAAUUAUGUGAAAAAUGUUGCUUGAAAGAGGACUUAAAAAUAUACCAAAAAGUAGUGUACAAGGUGAAUGGUUAUUGAAGAAAAAUGUUUAUAUUUUAAGCUUGUAACUGCUGGGUUACCAGUCUCAGGGACGAGUUGCCUUGAUAUACAGUCUCUUUGAACUGUUUUUUUUUAUUAGCUGUAUCACAGAAAGAAUGCAGUGUGAUAUGUAUUACGAUGUAUGUUGAUAAUAUGUAUUAUUCCCUACGUGAUACAUAGGAAUUAACGUUUGUUACCCUGCUACCACUGGAUAAGGAUGCUCCUAUCCUUUAUUGUUGUAGUUAUUUGAUUUAUUAUUUCAGGAUGCCCUCGAGGCGGAUACUUUUAAAUAUUAUGUAUAAUUAUAUUGUUUUAUGUUAGCAGUGCUAGGAUAGUAUGCCUGAAGAGGUAUUUUUAUAUUUUAUUACUCAAUAAAGGUAUUAUUUUUAUGAAACUGUAAUGUAAA